CUAUUAUAAUAACGCUGUCUGUCGUGUCUUAAAACUUGACCACGCGUCCUUUAUUACAAAUGAAGUUGAAUUGCACAAGACACCUUCGAAACAGAGACACACACUCAUCAGUCAUCAGAAUCGGAGCAUAGUAAAUUAAACUGCCGACACAGGUAAUCAAGAUUUUGUUCUGCUUAAGAAGGAAGGACCAUUAUCACCUCCAACAUAGAAGAUGAAGGGUGGCUGCUCGUGGUUAAAAAGUCUAAAUAUCAGCGACCUAUUUGGCUUGAAAGACCAUGGGCAUGGGCAUGGGCAUGGAGAAUACGGAGCUGUUGCUGCUAUAUUCAUAGGCAUUCUUUUUCCUGUCUUGUUUUCAGUUUUGUUCUUGGGAAAGAAAAAAGGAAAAGUAAGAGGUGUUCCGGUACAAGUUAGUGGUGAGGCAGGUUAUGCUGUACGUAAUGCUCGAAAAACUGAGUUGGUUCAAGUUCCUUGGGAAGGAGCCCCAACCAUGGCUCAUCUAUUUGAGCAAUCCUGUAAUAAACAUACCCAUAAUCAGUUUCUUGGAACAAGAAAGCUAAUAGAAAAGGAGUUUGUUACAUCUAGUGAUGGCAGGAAAUUUGAGAAACUCCAUUUAGGAGACUAUGAAUGGGAAACCUACGGAGAGGUUUUUGCUCGCGUGUCAAAUUUUGCAUCCGGUCUUGUUAAGUUAGGCCAUAAUAUAGAUAACCGUGUUGCCAUUUUCUCCGAUACGCGUGCUGAGUGGCUCAUUGCCCUUCAGGGUUGCUUCCGCCAGAAUAUAACAGUUGUUACUAUUUAUGCUUCUCUAGGCGAGGAAGCCCUGGUCCACUCGCUAAAUGAGACCCAAGUAUCUACUCUUAUCUGUGACUCCAAGCUGUUGAAGAAGUUGGAUUCUAUAAGAUCAAAAUUAACAUCUAUCGAAUAUAUAAUUUACUUUGAAGAUGAGAGCAAAGAAGAAGAUGCUCUUUCAGGAAGUUUGAGCAACUGGACUGUUGCAUCUUAUAGUGAAGUUGAGAAACUUGGGAAAGAAAGUCCUGUUGAACCAAGUCUGCCUUCCAAGAAUGCUGUUGCAGUGAUCAUGUACACGAGUGGUAGUACGGGUCUGCCAAAGGGUGUCAUGAUAACUCACGGGAACAUUGUAGCUACCACAGCAGCUGUUAUGACAGUGAUUCCAAAUCUAGGUAGCAAGGACGUGUACUUGGCAUAUUUGCCCCUUGCUCAUGUUUUUGAAAUGGCAGCAGAGUCUGUUAUGCUUGCUGCUGGUUGUGCAAUUGGAUAUGGCUCUCCUAUGACUUUGACUGACACAUCCAAUAAAGUCAAGAAAGGAACCAAGGGUGAUGCUACUGUGUUAAAGCCAACCCUCUUGACAGCUGUACCGGCUAUUAUUGAUCGUAUUCGAGAUGGAGUUGUAAAAAAGGUUGAGGAAAAGGGGGGCCUUGUAAAGAAUCUUUUCCAGAUUGCCUACAAUCGCCGACUGGCUGCCCUAAAAGGAAGCUGGCUAGGAGCUUGGGGAUUAGAGAAGUUGGUGUGGGAUAUUGUUGUCUUUAAAAAAAUUCGUAAUGCACUUGGAGGCGACCUCCGAUUUAUGCUUUGUGGUGGAGCUCCUUUAUCUGGCGAUUCUCAGCACUUCAUCAAUAUCUGCAUGGGGGCUCCUAUUGGGCAAGGAUAUGGCUUGACUGAAACAUUUGCUGGGGCUGCCUUCUCUGAGUGGGAUGACAACAGUGUGGGGCGUGUGGGUCCACCUCUUCCUUGUUGCUACAUCAAGCUUGUUUCUUGGGAAGAAGGAGGGUAUCUGACGUCUGACACACCGAUGCCACGAGGAGAGAUUGUAGUUGGGGGAUUCAGCGUGACAGCUGGUUAUUUUAAGAAUCAGGAAAAAACUAAUGAAGUGUUCAAGGUUGAUGAGAAAGGUAUGCGCUGGUUUUACACCGGUGACAUUGGGCAAUUUCAUUCUGAUGGAUGCCUUGAAAUCAUUGAUAGAAAAAAGGAUAUUGUCAAACUUCAACAUGGGGAAUAUCUAUCUCUUGGAAAGGUUGAGGCAGCACUGUCAUCAUGUAAUUAUGUGGAUAGUAUAAUGGUUCAUGCAGACCCCUUUCAUAGUUAUUGUGUGGCUCUAAUUGUUGCUUCACAACAGUCCCUGGAAAGAUGGGCCCAACAAGCUGGUAUUGAAUACAAGGAUUUUCCUGAUCUGUGUAACAAACCUGAAACUGUAACCGAGGUCCUGCAGUCCAUUUCCAAGGUUGCAAAAGCUUCAAAGCUGGAGAAAUCUGAAAUUCCUAAGAAGAUUAAGUUGCUUCCGGAUCCAUGGACACCUGAAUCUGGACUAGUGACUGCUGCUCUCAAGUUAAAGAGAGAACAGCUGAAAGCCAAAUUCAAAGAUGAUCUUCAAAAGUUAUAUGCAUGAAGUCUAUAUAUCCUCUUGUCAAUGUAUUAUCUAGUGCAGGUGGAUGAUAUAUGAUUUCUUGUAAUACCAUCUGGUAUAAUGAAGACAUACUCCUCUUAAUGCAUUCCUGUUACUAUACUGGAUUAAUUUGUGAAACACAUGAAUUGUUGCCUGUCUGGAUGAGCUUGUGCUCAAAUUCCAUGUCACGGUGGAGUAGCUACUACUUGUAACUUGGUAGUUUUGAAGGGAUUUUGCUAUCCAUGUGGAAGUAUCUCACUGUGUUCUCAACA